GGAUGGAUUGCAGCACGGACGCCCAUCAUGAAUGCGCCAUGCAGGCCUAACACAGCUAGCUUCGCACUGCGACUCGGACACAUAUAUAGUUUACAUCUUAUUUACUACAAGAUGACUGCCUGCGCUUCAAGGACCAACCCAGAAACUUCAUUGGUGUGACUCUCCUGUUCGAAAGUGGCCCAGUUGGUCCAGUGGCACUACCACAAUCAUGGGCAUCCCUUUGGUCAAAGCUGCCUUCUUACGUUUGUUUCUCGAGACUUUGUUUUACGGCGUGUUCUUCACUUUGUACUGGUUAGCGCUGCUUAUCCUACUCAAGAAAACUGGCAUUCAACGGCAACUUCUUAUCCCAGUGGCAACCUUGCUGCUCUGCAUUGCAACAGCCCAUCUAAUCAUCAAUUUUGUUCGAGGGUUAGAGGCAUUCGUAUUCCAGGUGGAUACGAUUGAUGCCUACUACUUCAACCUUGCUUCGCCAUUGGAUGUCGCAUCGAAGACACUUUACGUGACGCAAACCAUUCUCGCGGAUAGUCUACUUGUUUGGCGAUGUUAUAUGGUCAACAGCAGAAGCGUCUUAGUUGCUAUUCCUGGUUGUAUCGUGCUGUCAGCCAGUGUAGCUACUGCAUGCUAUGCUGUUUGGUCCAUCUCUCGGACGUCUCCACAGACCAACUUUUCCACCGCUGGUUCUGGGUGUAUCACCACUUUCUAUAUAUUAACCAUGCUUAUCAGCGUUAUCUGUACCAUUUUAAUUGCCUGGCGUAUCCAUCGUACCCGCCAUUUCAUGCCAGGAGGCCUUGGCGCUCUUUUACCCAUUUUCAUCGUCGUCAUUGAGAGCGGCGUUUUAUAUGCUACGAGUGUCCUUGCACUCCUUAUAACAUUCGCCCGCCGAUCCAGUGGUGGCGAAUCCAUUAUGCUGGACAUUAUCACUCCUAUCGUGGGGAUCACAUUCUGCCUCAUCGUUCUGCAAGUGCAUUUCCACGUAGGUGGCAGUCCCCCCACAGAACAGCAUGUUGACCCAGGAGACAUUAUCGAGGGCGAGGCGUUCAGGACGUUCGCUUCAGCAUUGGACCAAUGACUUUGCAUGCUGUAACGAAGGAGACAGAGAUCAUUCAGUCUGACAUGACGGGCGGAAAGAAUGGUGAACCAGUCUCGGAAGGUAUCUUUCAAUUGUAAAUAGGUUACGUUCAAUUCUAUGCAGCUUUUCCGUCUGGCGGCAGCGAGAUAGCUCGCCGAUCUUGUUUUCCGAGGACGAGACAGAUAAUAGGCUCACUAUCGAACAUCAUUGUACCAGGCUACGUCUCCCGAUAUUUACAUUACACACAUACGACUG